AUCAUUUUCAAUUUCAACAUUGACGUGCCUUUCAGCUUUCAGAGAUUUGAAUAGAAAUGUCGGAAAAGAUGAAGCGAGCAGAUCUACCAAAAGAAACAGCAUCCGAACCGGGUGAAGAAGCACAUCAGCCAUUUCUCUCGACUAAAAUGCCUCCUAAUCAGUCUAAAAAGCUUACCUUUGCGAAAGGCGUGGAUCAAGGCGAAAAGACUUCCUCACAAGUAAGCAGUUCCUACAAAGAGGUCCUCAGUCAGCCGCCUACAGAGGUUUCUCACAGCCAGAAACUGAUUUGGUUGCAGAAGCGCCGCACAGCUGGUCUGUGGGCGCAGUGCGAUGACUGUAACCAAUGGCGAUACUUACCAGAUAUCCUCGACAGACAGGAGCUUCCUAAAAAAUGGUUUUGUUCCAUGAACUCAGAUAAAGAGUUUAAUAGCUGUUCCGUACCUGAAGCUCCGCUACGCAUCCAUGACGAGGAAGACUUAAUUCACAGCGAAUACUCAGCGGGGUCGCUGGUGUGGGCUCGCUUGGCCGGCUGGCCGUGGUGGCCCGCCAUGGUAGACGACUGUCCCGACGUUGAGCAGUUCUACUGGCUUGACGGCUUCUCUGAUAUACCAACCCAUUAUAAUGUUGUAUUUUUCGAUGCCAUUGAAGUUUCUCGAGCUUGGAUUGCUCCUGAUCAAUUGAAACCAUAUGUUAAUAAUAAAAAAAUGCAACAUUCAUCAAAAAACAAAAAGUAUAAUAAUCGUCUUAGAGUAGCGAUGUCCCAAGCAGAUGCAGCAGCGAAAAUGACACUAGAAAGCCGUUUGGCAGAAUUUAGUUUUAUUUCGAGACAUAAGGGACUUAUUAAUAGUCCUAAGAAGAUAAAGAAAAGUGAUUUAACAAAGUAUCAAAAACAAUUUAAGAAUAAAUUUAACGUUGAGUUUCCAAUUGAAUUAUCGGAUUCUGAUGAUGACACUGAGUUAUUUUCUGAAAUGAAACGAAAACAAAACAAUAAUGUUAUAAUGUUAGGAACCCCUAAACGGGCAAAGAAAGAAAAAAGAUUGGUACUUAAAAGUGCAGAAGAUAAGAAGCAAAAUAACGACGAGAAGAGAUUGGAUCGUAAAACAAAUGAAUCUAAUGCGCCGUUACCAGAUACUACUAAGGAGGGUACGGCACAAAAUUCAACCAGUGAUCAGCCUGAUGGCAAUACUGAUAAGCCACCUAACUCAAUGGUGGUUCAAGUGGGAAGCACACAAGCAGAUACCUUUGACAACGAUACAUCCACGACAUAUUUACCCGAUAAAACAACUCAACCGGAGUUUGGUAUCACAAUAGAUACUCCGAACAGUGAUGACUUUGAUUUUUAAUUUAGUAUCAUGCCUUUUUAAUAAUACUAUUAAGCACAUAAUUUACUUUAUAAGUAUAUCAAACAUUUAUUCUUAAAUAAAGUAUUGAUUGACAAGUUUUAGUUUUCUUACUUACAACCAAAAACACCAAACAGUGGAUUUCUCACUUAAUUGGGAAAUAUUCCCAGCUAGCUUAUCAAGAUCCUGUUAUUAUUUUACGGACGUCAAGGAGGCGGUCGGCACCCUUGUCAAAAGGACAGCCUUAGACGAGGUCGCAAAGUUGCAGGAGGAGGACGACCGCCUCCGAGCCUAAUAGAGUAAGUUUUACUAUACCUACUUUAACUUGGUUCUGAACAUAUGGCUCAGGUUCAGAAUACUGCCAAAUCGGUCUUACUUUUUCAAAAAAUGUUGUGAUAUAAAUUCUAUGCGAUACAACGACGGUGAAAUGUGAUCAUAUUAAUCUACUAAAAUAGAUUUAGCUAAUGCAAAUAGUAAUUUUAUACGUCCCUAUACCUUUAGUGAGCCCAUAGUGAGCCUGAACCAUAGUGCUGAGCUGCGGAAAAGUGUCAAGCUGUCUGUGGCCGGCCGUCAAAUAUAGGAAAAUUGGGCCAUAGGCGUGCGCUACAAGACGAUUAUUAUUCGUCUCAUUGGAAUACAAUAUUAUUAUACCCACAAUCAAUUGAUUUAGUUUCUCAAUUUACCUGCAGCACUUGCUGUGGUAUACCAAUUUCUGGAAAA